UAUGAUGGAAUAAUGAUUGUUGGACAAGCAUUCUCUGGGAAAACAUGUUUGUCCAAGGUGCUAGCUAAAACCUUGGGACGGAUGGAUGAGGAAUCUAGCAAGGAGGAGAGGUUUGUCAACACUGUUGUCGUGAAUCCUAAAUCCAUGACAAUAAAUCAAUUGUUUGGAUAUUUUGAUGAGUUUCAUGAAUGGAAAGAUGGGAUUCUAGCAACAUCUCUUAGAACAUUCUCAAAUAUGAACUCUACAGAACGGAAAUGGUUGAUAUUUGACGGUCCCGUAGACUCACAGUGGAUAGAGAACCUAAACACUGUUCUAGACGAAAAUAAAAAGCUUUGUCUCAUGUCAGGAGAAAUAAUUAAAAUGCCAGGGAAUACAAACCUUCUCUUCGAGAGUCAGGACGUAUCCCGGGCUUCUCCAGCAACAAUCUCCAGGUGUGGGAUUCUAUACCUGGAUGAUACUAAACUCACAUGGAAAAUGCUUCUCAAAGUUUGGUUACGAACCCUUCCAGAUACAAUCAACAAAUGUCUGAGAGAGCAUGUUGAUGAGAUGUUUUACAGAUUCUUCCCACCCCUUCUCCAACUCCUUAACAACUUUACCCGGAGCAGGGUUGCAACAACAGAUAAGAAUAUAUUCAAGGGAUUUAUAAACAUUUUUGAUUGUCAUUUACAAAUAUUUAAUGACACCUGGUCCAAGGGAAAGUCAGAGCAUGAGAUGAAACCUGUUCUAGAAGGAAUAUUCUUUUAUUCCUGUAUCUGGUCUCUGGGUGGGAUCUGUGAUAGGGAGCUCGGGGACAGGUUCAGUAGAUUCUUCUACCAGCUCCAGGAUGGAACAGUUACUGCUGAGAUGCUCUCCGAGACUGGAGUAACUGAAAAGAUUCCUGUAUUGAAACAAGCCUACUCUCUUCCUGUUCCUAACAAUGGAAAUGUAUUCUCCUAUCAACUUGUCAUACAUAACAAGGCAGAGUGGAGUAGGUGGGAGGAUACCCUAGAUACGUCAGUCUCCCUUCCUAGAGAUAUAUAUGCAGGGAACAUGAUAAUACCAACUCUAGAAUCCGUCAGAUACCAGCAUAUUAUGGAACUAUUUCUACAAAACAACAAACCGUUCCUACUGAGUGGUCCAUCAGGAACCGGUAAAACAGUUUAUAUUCAGGAUCUGAUCAAUACCAAACUAGACAAAGAGAAGUUUGCCUGCGCUUCACUUUUCUUUACUAAGAUAACCAGCCCUGUCACAACCCAGGAUGUAAUAAUGAGUAAGCUAGAUAAACGAAGGAAAGGGGUAUAUGGUCCACCUUUAGGGAAGAAGUUUGUUAUAUUUGUUGACGACAUCAACCUUCCGGAGAAAGAUGAAGUUAAAUCUCAGGGCCCUAUAGAACUUCUCCGGCAGAUGCUAGACCACGGUAUUUGGUAUGACGGGAAGGAACUAUUUAACAUGAUGAUUGUUGAUGCUGUGGUUAUUGGAGCUCUUAAACCUCCAAGCGAUAAACAGAACGAGAUGUCUCCAAGGUUUAGAAGACACUUCAACUCUAUAUACAUAGAUCACUUCCAGGAUAGUACAAUCUCCGCUAUAUUUUCAAGAUUGGUUCUCUGGCACCUUGACACCAAAGGAUUUCGCAAAGAGUUUGAUCCGUGUAUUGAACAGGUUGUCAGCUCAACACUAGAAAUACAUAAGUUUGCCACGUCAACUCUAGUUCCAACACCAGAUAAAACACAUUAUAUAUUCAACCUGAGAGAUUUUUCACGAGUAAUCCUUGGAGUUCUUCUCUCAACCCCAGAGAGUAUGGAAGACCUACAGGCAAUGAAAAGACUCUGGGUUCAUGAAACAAUGAGAGUAUAUUAUGAUAGGUUAGUUAUUAACAACGAUAAGACUAAUCUGUUUCAACAGAUUCUUCAAGUUACCCAGAAGUGCAUGAAAGAGGAAUUGAAAGAUCUGUUUCCAACUUUAGUGGAGGAAAAUGAAGUGACUGAGGAUAGAAUGAGAUCCUUCCUAUUCUGUGACUUCCUUGAUCCUACAGUUGACGACAAGUUUUAUAGAGAGAAUACUGAUAUGAAGGUUCUUCGGGAUUCUGUCAGUUCACAGCUUAUCGAGUAUAACAAGACAAGUAGGAAACCGUUAGAUUUGGUUUUAUUCAAUUUUGCUCUUGAGCACUUAUGUAAAAUAAACAGAGUUCUCAAACAACCCCAGAGCAGUUCCCUUCUUAUCGGAAUAGGGGGUUCAGGGAGACAGAGCCUGACAAGAUUAGCUGCUCAUAUAUCAAACUACAGUUUUCAUAUGAUAGAAAUGACCAACACGUACAGCUUUAAAGACUGGAGAACUGACAUAAAAGCAGUUUUAAGAAAAUUUUCUUUGGAAAUCAAUCCUGGUGUUCUCUUCCUUUAUAGCAGUCAGCUCAAGGAUCCAAGAUCUUUAGAAGAUAUUAAUAACAUCUUAAACCUUGGAGAGGUUCCAAAUAUUUUUAACGUGGAAGAAAAAAACGAAAUUCUUGAGAAUAUGAAAAAUCUUGAACCUCAGUUGGAUAAAUCUCUUCAUACAGAGGGAGGAGCACUAGAGCUUUUUAAUCUUUUUAUUAGAUUGGUUAAAGAGAGAUUACAUAUUGUUUUUGCGAUGAACACAACAACCCAGGAUUACAAGAAGACACUAAGAGACUAUCCCUGUAUCUUAAACUGCUGUACGGUCAACUGGUUUACACACUGGCCAUCAGAUGCUCUUUACUUUAUCUCUGAAACGUUCUUGAAAGAUAUUGAGUUUACGGAUGAGGAACUGCAAGGAUGUAUCAAGGUUUCUAAAUAUUUCCAUACCUACGCUACAGAGAGAGCAGAUGAACUUUAUAGAAAUGAUAUUUCUUACAACUGUGUCACUCCAGCCUCAUUCCUUGAGCUGAACAGUCUUUUUAAAACCCUUCUGACCAGGAAAAGGGACGAGGUUAACAAUAUCAAGCAAAGAUUUACAACAGGGUUGGAUAAGCUAAAGGAUGCAGCUGGACAGGUUGGUGUAAUGCAAGAAGAACUAGAGGAUAUUCAACCUCAUCUUACUGCUGCAUCGAAGGAGGUGGAUAAAUGUGUUGCGCUUGUGGAAAAAGAUCAGAACGAGGUUUCUGAACUGGAGAAGAUUGUAAAGAACGUAGACUCAUUGGUAUCGGAAAAGACAAAGCAGGUGAAAACUAUUAUUCAAGAAUGUGAAGACGACCUCCAGGAGGUGGCCCGAGGGGUUGAGAUUGCACUAGAGGAGCUCAGCUCGUUGUCUCAGCAGGAGUUUGCUGCUCUCAGGAGCAUGAAGCAACCUACUCCGUCAAUCAGACUUGUUAUGGAAGCAUUCUGCAUCCUUACUGGAGUAAAACCAGACAAACUUCCCGAUGGAGGAUCGGGAGGAAAAAUGAUUGAUGAUUACUGGGGUCCUUCAAAACGUUUACUUGGCGAACCAAAGUUUGUGGCUGAUAUUACUUUAUUUGAGAAAGAUGAUAUAAAUCCCAAAACAAUGAAGCUGAUCAGAGAGAAGUAUUUAUCAAAUUCAGAGAUAGAUCCUGAUGAAUCCAAGCAAAGUAUAGGUCUAGGUGAAGAAGUUAUCAAAUCCUUGUAUAAGUGGUUGACUUUUAUUGAAAGCUAUGAUAAGGCUGCUAAGGUGGUUGCACCAAAGAGAGAAGCUGUAGUAAAGCUGAACCUGGAGCUUGAGGAAUCUACCCGUAGUUUAAAGGAGAAACAAGCUGUUUUUGAUGAAGCAAAUGAGAAGCUGAAAAUAAUUCAGUCUGAACUUGCUACUAAGAAAACCAAGAAAGCUGAGCUGGAAAAUGAAGUUGAAACCUGCAGUAGAAAAUUAGAGAGAGCAGAGCAACUUAUCGGAGGGCUGGGAGGUGAAAGGGAUAAAUGGGCAGAGAUUGUUGGAAAUCUUGGAAAUAAAUAUGUGAAACUAACAGGAGAUAUUUUGCUUUCCUCUGCACUGAUUGCAUAUCUUGGAGUAGAAGAGCAAGGAUCUAGAGAAUAUAUUCUCAAGGAUUGGAUGGAGAAGUGUCAAGAGUUUAAAGUUCCCUUCUCCGCAGAUUUCUCCCUGUAUAAUGUUCUAGGAGAUGAGAUAACAAGACAAUCCUGGCAGCUAUCAGGUCUACCUUCGGAUCAGUUCUCAACAGACAACGGUAUUAUUGCAUUCACAUCAAAGCGCUGGGUUCUCAUGCUUGAUCCCCAGGAGAUCGGUAAGAAGUGGAUCCAGGCUGUUGAGAAGAAUAAUAAUCUCCAGGUACUUAAACAAUCUGAUUCGGAGUUCCUCCGAAAUCUAGAAAGCAGUAUUCAGUUCGGACAGCCAGCGCUUCUGGAGAAUGUUGGAGAGAGUUUAGAUCCAAUCCUUGAACCUCUUCUUACAAAGCAAACCUUUAAGCAAGGCGGGUCGGUUUGUCUUAAGCUUGGAGACUCAACUUUAGAAUACCACAAAGAUUUUAAAUUGUACAUCACAACAAAACUAAAGAAACCUAAACUAGACCGAGAUACAGUUUCUAAAGUUGCUUUAAUAAACUUUAGCAUUACAAGAUUAGGAUUAGAUGAACAGUUGCUCACUAUCACGGUUACAAGAGAGAGACCUGAACUUGAAGAGGAACGAGCUCAGCUUAUAGUUCAGGCAAAUGACAACAGAAAACAGUUGAGAGAUAUUGAAAACAAGAUUCUUGAUGUUCUCUACACUUCAAAAGGAAAUAUUCUUGAAGAUGAAAAUGCAAUCAAAAUUCUUAGUUCAUCAAAGAUUCUUGCGAAUGAAAUUUCAGAGAAGCAAAAUAUUGCUCUGGACUCAAAAAAUAAGAUUGACGAGAACAGGGAACCUUAUCUCCAAGUUGCGGCUUAUGUAGGAGUUCUUUUCUUUGCUAUUUCAGACCUUAGCCACGUGUGUCAUAUGUACCAGUACAGUUUAAACUGGUUUAUAAACCUGUUCUGUAACUCUGUAGAUCUAGCAGAUAAGUCUGAAGAGAUGGAUGAAAGAUUAGAAAGCAUUAAGGAUCAUAUGACACAGUCUUUAUAUCAGGCAAUCUCCAGAGGCCUCUUCAACGAAGAUAAAACCCUUUUUUCCUUUCUACUAUGUGUCAGUAUCUUAAAGCAUAAAGGAGACAUAUCUGAUAAGGACUGGAAGGAUUAUCUGUCCUGCAUAUCAGAAGAAAAUGUUUCUCUCGAGAAUUCGGAUCUUAAAUACUUUGAAACAAGAAUUCAUGGACGGUUGAAUAACUUGAAAAAUAAAAGGAAUUCAUUUGAGCCUGUUCUUGAAUCCAUUCUUAGCGAUGAAAAGAGCUGGUACGAUUUGUUUAAUACAGAAACUGGAAUAUCUCUUUCCCAAGAUCUACCGCAUAAUCUUGAAUUGGAUAUAUUUGAAAAACUAAUGCUGAAUACCUGUAUCAAUACAAAAGACCUGGUAAGCCUAAUCUAUGAGUUUGUGGAACUGAAUAUUGGAAGAGUGUACACCCAGUUCCCUUUGCCUGAUUUCCAUAAAGCCUACCUUGACUCCAACUCUGUUACUCCGAUAGUUCUUAUCCUCGGAGAUACUGCAGAUCCCUGCUCCGAGAUCUAUAGGCUGGCAGAACGGUUGAAUAUUGUCGGGAAACGUUUGCAGUUCCUAUGCCUAGGAUCAGGAAAGGAGAGGCAAGCUGAAGAUCUGAUUAAAGAAGGAAUAUAUGCUGGUAACUGGGUUAUCCUACAGAAUUGUCACAUGGUUCCCGGAUGGUUAUCUAAAUUAGAGUUUAUGUGCGAGGGACUGGAUGAAGAUUCUGGCAGUCCUGAUUUUAGACUUUGGUUGACAACUAAGAACAGCAAAGGGUUUCCGAUUCCCAUUUUACAGAAUUGUAUCAAGGUUUCGCUGGAAGAGCAAACUAACCUAAAAAGCAGUGUUCUAAAAUCAUUCCCCUCGGAUAUAGAUCAUCAGAAAGAAUAUGAAAAAAUGUCGGAAAAGAUGAAAAGAAUGUCUCUUUCUGUUACAUUCUUUCACUCGAUGAUAAAUGAGAAAACUCGGUUUAAAACUGUGGGUUGGAACCAACAUUAUGUUUUCCCUACUCGGGAUAAACUUCUGUCUCUGGAGUACCUUCAGACCUACCUAACAUCUAAUCAUUCAUUUUCAUUGAAAUCUAUCUCAAGCUUCCUCUGCAACUGUAUUGUAGGGAGCGGGAUUGAAGAUAUUGUGGAUUCCUUAACUCUUAACACCAUAUUGAACAGAUUCUGCAAUACAACGGUAGUACAGGAGGAUGUUGUACAAUUAGACAAGGAUGGGGUUUAUAAGGUUUUAAAAUAUGAAUCUUAUGAUGGUUUUGUCUCUUAUCUAUCUUCUCUACCACAGAAUACAACCCCAGACAUGCUCUCUAUCAAUAGACCGAUUUAUGACCGGAGAAACAUAAGAGAAUCGCAGAAUUUACUCAACAAAAUCCUUAUUUCACAGGAUAGAAAAGUUCAGAAAGAAGAAAAUUUUUCUUUUCAUGAAAUUAAAGAUAAAGUUGAAACAAUUCUCAAAAAUCUCCCAGAGCCAAUACAACUCAUCCAAGACGGAUUAGAAGAAGAAAAGAAUUGUCUCCGAGUAGUUCUACUCCACGAGGUUGAGCUACUCAACAAGCUCCUGGAGAUGUCUAAAGAAACCUUUGAGACCUGCAGGCUUGCCAUGCUCGGUAUUCAAGUGGUUACGUCCGAAGUGGAGUCAGUGGUUGAGGCCGUGAAAACAAACUCAAUUCUUGACAAGUUUAAGAAACUGAGUUGUCCAACAUCUGUGAGUCUGGCUGAGUUUAUUGAAGAUAUGAGAACUAGAAGAGAGUUUCUAGGAUCCUGGGCUGAGACCGGAGUACCCAAACUAUUCAAUCUUUCCGCCUUACUUCAUCCUCACGCUUUCAUCACAGCUAUUCAACAGGAGUACGCUAGAACGGUUGGACUAGACCUGGAUAAUGUGAGUCUAGAGACAACAGUUGGUGGUUCAGGAGACCAGGAGAACAGUGUUGUGCUCCAGAACCUUCAUAUUGUCGGAGCAGAGUGGGAUAAUGCAACCUCAAGGAUAGCUGAGCUUAGCCCUCAAUCUGAGACAAUAAACAGGAUUCCUAAUAUCGAAGUGCGUCCUGUGACUGGGAACGGAAACCCUGACAUAUAUAAUUGUCCGGUUCUCUGGACUAAAAACAGGACGGAGAAAGGGAAUUUAGCUCUCUAUCUGCAGAUACCAGGGGACCAUCAACUCUGCCUAGAGAAGGGAGUUGCAAUCAUACUUAAAAUAAAUAAAUAAAGAAUGUAUCUAUAUUGUUAUUUGUAAAAUUCUUUUAAUAAAAAAGUUUGU